AUGGAGCAGCGGCUGCGGGUGCUCCAAGCUCUGGCUUCCAGUCCAAUGCUGGCUCCCACGCUCGGGCCUGUCUGCAGCCCAGCAGGCUCGCCGGCCUGCCACCAAGCGUGUUUGCACACGGACCACCAGGCUGAGAGAUGUCACGUGCAACAUACUCAAGAGAACCAGGAGGAUGAGAGGCCAGAAGAGGAAGAGACUGAUGGAUGUCAAGGGAGGUGUGGUGUCCUCAGCUCCCUUGGCCCUGAAGAGAACAUCAGGUGGGUCAGGUCUGUGCUCACACAGAGUCUCGUUCCUGCAGCCGCCCAGGACAGCAGCCCCCUGGCCGCCAAUCCCACCUCCUCGGAAGCCGUCUCCAAGCUGAAGUCCUGGAAGAAGCGCAGUCAGAGGAGGAGCAUGUGGACCGUCAAUCAUGUUGAGGGAACGAAACUCAGGAUCAACAAGAGAAGAUCCAGUUAUCGUGCAGAAGACCAAGAGGCCUUCUACCGGCUUCUGGAGGACCCUGUUAUCCAGAGCUUCUUGAAAGCUGAUAGUUUCCUGCAAGUGUCUGACAAGUACCUGCUCUCCAUGGUGGUGGAGUACUUCGGCCGUGUCGGGCUGCCUGGUCACCUCUACAACAGGAUCCACUUCUUCCUGGCCCUCUACAUCGCCUCCGACAUGGAGGAGGACAACCCCACGGCCAAGCAGAGCAUCUUCCCGUUCCUGCUGGGCAGAGAGCACUGGCAGCACCUCUACAAGAAGUUCCUCCAGCUGAAGGUGGAAUUCUUCUGUGCCAUGGAGUACCGAGCCUGGGUCACCCGGGAAUUGUGUGAGGAGAUCCAGGCCCAGAACCCACAUCACUGGGUCUGGAGUCGGGUGCGCCCUGGCGCCCCCUAG